AUGGGCAUUCGACCAAGCCAUGCCGAACACAAUUCACUGAGUCAAGUCGACUCCGAGCCGCAUCACAAUUAUCCCAGACACUCGCUUAGAUUCGGCAUGUGGCAGAAAUUCCAGCAUUUCUUCGCCAAAAAUGACGCCACGCAAAGCCCGAUCGAGGGCUCCGACGACGAGCAGUGGCCCCAGACCUGGGCUGACAGACAGAAUUCCGCCAAACAAGAUUCCUUAACCAGACCGCUGGCUGUUGGCCUCCCUCGGCAGGCGACAUUCCGACGUCAGAAUUCAGAAAAGCGAGAUCGACUGUUCCCCAUCGAGCCUUGUCAUGCUGAGAGGAGGGCCGUCUCUUCCACCAGGCACGCCUCUAUAAGCUUGCCCCGACGACGAGCGACUUCUUCUCCACCCGAUUGGGAUUCGGCUCGGACCUCUGCACCCGCAGUCACUGGAGCCAACAGGGCGGAUGCCGGCACUGCCCAUUCCCUUAUCGAAACCAGUCCACCAUUCCUGGAUUCGACGUAUCCUGAUCCGACCGAAGACCUCUGGUCUCAGGAGGACGACCGACCUCCCCGGCCCCCUUCGACAACUUCUUCUGAUGACUCUCACUAUCCCCAAAUGCCUCUAGCCGACGACAAGGCCGAAUUGAGGGACGAACUUGAUCACCGAUGGAUCCUCAACCUCAGUAUGCAUUUCCGGGAUAAGUCGGACCGAGAAAAGUUCUUCGUCACCUAUGCACAGACUCCCAACUUUUGGCGGCGGGUGACCAUUUCAUGUGACUAUCGCAAUGCUGAACCAGGUUCCUUGGAGAUGGACCUCAAGGAACUCCAGUUUCAACGGGAUAAAAGCAUGCAGAUCUACGAGUCAAUUCGCGAUUCACUACCUGAGAUUCAGUUCUAUGAUACCGUUACUAACCUCAAGUUGGAAACUACUGAUGGUCGUCUCCAUGUCCAUGUGACUGAGGAUGUCAACGAGAUCAUUCCAUACCCCCCCAAAGCCACCCUUUCCCAUAUCCUCAACGAUGAAGCCUUUCGACCCAUGCAAGUCCGAGAAAGUGAGCUGACUUUUGAUUCGCACCUUUCCGGCUUUGUUUACAAGGUUCUGCACAAGGGUACAGUCUACAUCAAGAAGGAAAUUCCCGGUCCGGACACAGUGGACGAAUUUUUGUAUGAAAUCAAUGCUCUGCAUGCUCUGCAUGAUUCCGACCAUGUCAUCAAGCUCGAGGCUAUCGUCCUUGAUGACACUCAGUCCGUCGUCAAAGGGCUUUUGAUCGGCUAUGCUGAAAGGGGCGCAAUUGUGGAUAUCCUUUACGACCACAGAGGUGCAAUCGCUUGGGAGGAUCGUUCUAGGUGGGCGGAGCAGGCGGUCCGUGGUCUCAGUGAGAUACACCAAGAGGGUUAUGUUCAGGGUGAUUUCACGCUUUCCAACAUCGUUGUUGACGCCGAUGGAAAUGCGAAGAUCAUCGAUAUCAACCGGCGAGGCUGUCCUGUUGGGUGGGAGCCUCCCGAGAUUGCCACUAAAAUUGCCAGCAACCAGCGAAUUUCUAUGUACAUCGGCGAGAAAUCAGACAUCUAUCAACUCGGGAUGACUUUGUGGGCUUUGGCAAUGGAUGACGAUGAACCGGAACGACAUGUGCCACCUCUGAGUGUUGAAGAAUUCCCCUCAGACGUCCCCAAUUGGUAUCAAGACAUCGUUCGGAUCUGCUUGUCAUCUCGCCCAAGAGAUCGAUUAUCCGCCAAAGAACUCGUCGAAUUGUUCCCAUCAAGGAUUUCCAGCUCUUCUGAACAAAUCCCGCCGCAUCAACGACCUGCCCUGAAAUUGCGUACAAUGAAGAAAUACAUCGACCCGGCGGAUGCGGUUGAGCGGGACGAUAUCCUAAGGCUGAGUUCAAAUAUACAAGAACAUGAAGCUCCUCCAUACUCGCCGGAAAGCUCAAGAGAUGACUAUACAUUCACGUAUCCGAAGUCCUCCAACUUUGAGUUCGAGAGUGAGACCUCUGGCUACGACCGACCUAGAGGCAGAAGACCGCCCACCAAUUAUGCACAUCUUGGAAAGAACGAGAGACAUCAUUGGGAGUCUGAGGAUGAGGGGCCCACUCCAACUGAGGACUUGGAACCGAACAUCGUGUCUAUAGCUCCUGGGAUGGACCGAGAAUUUGAUGAGCUCGAAUUGGAUGGCCACCCUUACCUUGUUUCCCGCCGCACCUUCAAUGACGAAGAACUGAAGAUUUUAGAGGGCCCUGAACGAGCGGAGAAUAGCUUUCCAGACUGGGGAGUCCAAUGUGACAAUGGUACGACCGAGGCGACCAGCUUUGAUGACAUUUUCCAGCCACAACCAAUCCGACGCCCUUCGCUUCUGGCUGCAGCUUCUGCCACUUCUGAAAGUACACCUCGCAAUAGCCAGGAUCUCAUUGCCACUCUGGCCCAGUACCAGCCUGAGAGCUCUGAAUAUCUUCAGAGUUCGAUGGAGAAGCUGGACAACGGAUCUAGUGGGUUAAUAAAUGUUACCGAGAACGCGGGAAAUGGGAGCGAGGAAAACCCGAAGGGUGUAUAUCAGAAGUCCUGUGGUGUUAUGCAGAACCCCGAAGAGGAGACCGAAUAUCCAGACAACGUGACGAGGUAUCCACAGCAUCUCACUGAGCAUCUUGGGAUUAUACCCGAAGCCCUGGAAAACCCAACGCACACCAUGGAGAAUUCGGCGGAGAACAUAGAGCACUUAGUGGAGAACAUGAGGGAGCCGACAGACCACUUGACUAACUCUACGGAGCACCUGGAGACCUCGGCGGAUGAUCCGGCUACAUCAAGGGACCCGAAUGGAAAUAUUCCGAAGGCUCUUGAAGAGGUCGAAAGUGACCCCAAGACCUCAAGUAUGACAACAGAGAGUAUCCAGCAGAUGCCCGACUUAGUGGGAAAUGCCGCACAGGACCUGAAUUCGACAGAGCUACUGCAGGUGACGCUCGAGGAAGUAGAAAAAUCACCUGAGAACCCGGAGUACACUAUCCAAAAGCCAGAGAAAGAGACAGAUUCCCUUGGCCGAAGCAGUGACUACGUAACUCCCGACCAAGACCAUGGCUCAAGCGUCAAGGAUGAUUCAGUUUCUCUGACACCUAUCGAUGGAGACAUCGUACUUCAGAAAGACACGGUGGGGCUUCCAGGGACAACAACGAAUAAACCUCCCAGUCUUCCGUUUAUGGACAGUGGCUAUGAUGAAUCGCUCGCCGUGAUCGCUGAUGAUGGAGGUCUUUCUCUUAUUCAAGCAGCCGCUCCCAACCAACAACUGCCACCAAGGUUGGACAAAAUACCUGAGCCAGAAAACAAACACUCUCCAGCUGAUGAUCAUCGGCUUAGGGAGGAGACUUUCCGCCUUGGUGAACAACAGGAAGCAUCCCUACUCCCCGUACCUCCCGGCAACGAACCCUGUAACUCAAAGAAACCCGGGCCUUCUGAUCCGUUGAGAGAUGCGGCGGAGAAAGACCCGGUAACUACUUCACUGCUGGGGGACGAGCCAUUUGUCGAGGGCAAACCAGACGAAAUAUCACCAUUAGGGCUGCCGAACGAAUAA